AUGUGGGCAGUGAGGGUGGCGGAUCAGAAGAAACUCCACGCCCCAAUGCCCGCUGCUAUGCUACCAUGCCCCACACCGGCUGGGUCAGACUGGAGCUUCCAGAACCCGGUGGGGGUGGACUGCAGUGCCCCUGAACCCCGCUGCAUUUGGUUGGCGGUGCUCCGUGGACCCACACACUCAGUGUCGCCACCAACGCCACCCACUAUGCCUGUUAGGCGCAGCCAGAGCUCUCACCAGCUCGGGGUAAGGAGAGCUCGACCUUUUUCCUUUAGUGAGCGGAUACAGAGCCGCUCAACCAAAGCAUCAGUCUAUCUCUGAAGUUCCUCUGAGUGUCUGGAAAGUUAUUAUUGAGCAGUUUAGACAUGAUUUAGAAUAGAUAGUGAUUUUAUUGGUAAAUCUGCUUAUUGAUCAGAGUAUUGGAUACCUUUUUUACCCUGCAAAGUGCUUCAAAGUAAUGCUGGUGUACCCACUGCUCCAGGUGUAAUCCUGUUUUAUAGAGUUUGCCAUAGUUUGACAGAAAGCACUUAUUUGAGAAGCUUUCAAGUUUGAUUUUUCCCCCUUUUGAAGAUUUACCCUUUCGCCUUGUCCAUCUAACAUCCUAUCAUAUGAAAAGAGGGAAGAAUGCUCCUCCUGCUUCAUCAAAACCAGGAAGACGAUUGUGCAAAUGUGUCCUCGCAGGCCCUCUUUGAUUUCUGUGGUAGUGCAGAAGUCAGAUUACACACAGUGAUAUCAGCACAAUCCUCUGCACAAACCGCUGUGUGGGGCGUGUGUAACUGUGUAACCCAUCGUUGUUUUGUUUUUUUAAGUGUUAACCACUCACAUGUUGACAGAGUCUUUGACCUCUCACCGUCUCCAGGCAGGCACUUGUCUUGCCUUUAGGCGCUUGUCUUCUUGUCUAUUGGGCGCUCCUUGUGUUACCCUGAAUUACUGGAUUAUGAUGCAUUGUUACCGUAGUUCUUACUGGAGAGUUUUGUCACUGAUGAGAAAUUCCCUACAGCUGCACCUGGCUUGUUUUUUUUUCUGGCAGGACUGGGAAUAACGUGUGGUUUCGUUUCACACAGUUCAGACUUUUUCUCACUGGAAGCCUUAAAGGGAUAUUACGGCAUAAAUUUAAGUUAAGUUCAAACACACUGUAACACAGAGUUAGACACCCCUUCGAGACAUGAAUGUUGCCGACUGCUUGCCUCCUGAGUUAUACCAACUUCAGCAACGACUGCGCGAUAGCAAUACACAGCCUCUUGUUUGUAGAGGAGCCCUGACAAGUCGAUCACUGAGUGCAGCGGUAAGUGUAUCAUUAUUACUUAAUGGAAAUGCAAACAGACUGAGAUGCUAAGGCAGAAGAACUAGUGUCUGCAGUGCACAUACAAGAUACAUAAGAACUCUGAUUGCAAUUCCAUUAGUAAUCCAACUGAUUGUGUUUUCCUCUCCAUCUUAAUCCUCCCCUCCUUGAAGCAUCAUCUAAUUAUCAGCUACAGACACAUGAAGGGCUCGACUAAGUGUCACCUGUACAGAGAUGUUGUGGAAACUGUGUGACUCUGCACUCCCAUCCCUCUGACUCUCACCGCUCUCAGAAUUCAGGGCGUCACUUCCCCACUUGAACUCGUUUCAGAGCUGGCAUACAUGUGGAGUGUAACUUCCCCCUCUUUUUUCCAGGUUAUUACCAUCCCCCUCCUCCCUCUCUGUGACGGGUUGACACAGUUAAGGAAGUGUUGCAGUGGGGGAAGCUAUACGCACACAGCUUGGACAAACACAUACUGUACGCUGUUGUUUUAAGAGAAGAGGUGUCUGUUUCAGUAAGAGAAGAGGUGACACUCAGCUGUCACCUGUUUGUACAGACAAAGCCAAGUUUCAUUUGCUAUUGUAGUUAUCAGCAUGCUGUUAGCUUUCCAUCAUGCAUUUUUCUCUCUCUCUCUAUCAAGUUGUGCUUUUUGUUCGUAGUGGCAUCUCAGUAAUUGCAUAAUCGGCUUCAAUCUUGUACCAUGAGCGGUUUAUCCACCUACACAUGGAGAAGAAAUACCCUCACAGGUUGUUGAGACAAUGACGAACAUGCCUGUAGAAGAUCCUUGGAUGAUUAAGAUACUGAAGUUAUCUUAUGUCAAUGAGGUUAAAGUGCAAAAAAAAAAACAUAAACCCCAGCAAAGGAACAUUGUAAGAGUACUUCUUAAAUACUGCUUAGCAUUGACUUCAAAUGUCAGUACUUGCAAACCAUAAUCUAUAAACUGUUUUUGUUGCACUUUCAACCUUACACACUUAAUUAUGUCACUUCCUGUCUGCUGAGCUACUAGGGGUGGGAAUUACCAGUGGCCCCACAAUACGAUAUUAUUUCAAUUUUUAACAUUUUGCGAUACAAUAUAUAUUGCAAUUUAUACAAUUUUUUCAACUGUUGAUUUUAUUUUUCCAUUAUCAUAGAUCUGACUUUAUACUAACAAUUAAUUUAAAAAAAAAAAAACGAUAAUUGAUCAAUGAAACGGUACAAUAUAUCACCAGACAAAAUACCGUGAUACUAUGCUGUAUCGGGUUUUUCCCCCAACCCUAUGAGCUUCCAAGAUAGUCAAUGAAAUUCAUCUUUUCCUUCUUUUUUAUUCAAAUAUGCAAAUCACAUUCAAAUCAAAAUAGAUCCACUACAGCUGCCAGUUAGACAAAAGAAGAGUACAAUAUGUUUUUGCUGCUCAGGUAGAAAACCCAGUUUAACCGAUGUUGCGUCAUCACCUGCUGUCCUGCAACUGACAAUGGGGUUGAACUGGUUUUUAUACACACAUAUUAUGUUCCUGUGUACACUUUGCUGCGUGCAAACACUCACACAAACACAUGCCUGUCUGAUAACGCACUCUUGUUAUGUAAAUUAAACAGGGAUACUUGAGCUUGUGCGUGUGUUGUUUUAGAUUUAGAGUCCUUGCCUGUCAGGCAGGUCGUAUUCUUCAGUUGGAGCAUUAGAGCAGAGCGCAGCAGGAUACAAACCCAACAUGCACCUUUAUCUCUGGACUUUAAGAUGCACCUAGACCUGCAGAGGUGGGGGAGUUCUCCCUCCAUGUUGCCGGUAAGUGCAGAAAUCCUCAGGUCGGAUGUGGGUUUUUUGACAGUUCACACCGUCCCUCUUGGUGGCCGUGAGUGCAGACAGCCACUGCUGUCAGGAUUAGAGGCUUGUCAGCAUUUGUAACGUCCGUAAAGCUCCACUUUUCAAACAGGUUGCAGCUCUCAGCUGUUUAAAUGAGCAUUAUUGUUCUGGCCUGCUGGGCUUUAGCAGGAGCGCAGCUUCCCCCCGGCAGACGCUGCAUUCCUGCGUGCUGCUUUACCUCUGGAUGGAGGCAGCAGAGGUGUUGCAGUGUGUGCUCACCAACACGUUUGCUGAUAAUGACAUCGGUGACUGUGGGCUAAGAUUACAAUCACGUCUUAGAAACAGAAAGUCCGCCUUGGCCUGUUUUUCUGAAAAACGGUGAAUCCUCGAAUAGUUGAAGAUUUUUAAUGUCAACAAAACAGAAGUGGUUCAGUCAUGCAUCUCAACCACCAGCUCUCUAAAUAAAAUCAGGAGAAAUAUCCACAGGGAAGCUUUUCUGCUGCUGCUACUACUGUGUGCAUAAGUGUGUGUGUGUGUGUGUGUGUGUGUGUGUGUUGUUAAAGCACACAGCUUUUACCACUUAACGCCCACUCAGUGUAAGAAACGUGCAGACAUGUGGCAUCAUGAGCUGCUCUGCAUAUUCAAAAGCAUCUGUUGACUGUGUUAGUUUUCUCCUCGUUUCAAUGACAUCAUCCACAGGUGAUAAUUGGGGUUUCUCAGGAUUGCUCUGUAUUCAGAGGAUUUUUGGUUUGAUAAAUGACUCAAACAGAUGAAAACAUGUCCAAAUUUCAGCGCUGAAGGACACACUGCCAGUAGGAAAGAAAGGAAACACUAAAUGUCUUCAAAUAAGAGCGAGGUUCCCCUCGUCUGUGCCCUGAGCCUACAUAGGAAGUCGAGUUUGGACUGAAAACCACAGAAAAUUUUUCCAAGUGCCUGUUGGUUGAACUGAGUGUUUAACAGGCGGGGGUGGAUGGAGCACGUCAGCAAGUUGAGACUUUUUCAUUUUAGGUUUUUUGGGGCAAAAACAAAACUGAAAACUGUCUUGGCCAAAGCGACAGGUAAAGGAAAGGUUUCUUUUUUAAUCCGUGGAGGGAAAUGUACCCGAGGCAGAAUAGAUGAUAACAUAGAUACACACUCUCAUCCCACACAGCACACAGCAGCCGAGUGGGAAACAGUGCUGGCUCAGAGACCCGUUCAGACCCUGUGUGUUUUGGGUAAUCACAGGGUUUGGUAUUCUCUGCUCCGGGAGGGGCCAUGUGGUCGAAACCGGCGUGCUGGAGCCUGUCCCUCACUGGAGCCCGAUACUCCUCCUCCUCCUUCUCCUUCACCUCCUCCUUCUUCUUCUUCUCUUCGUACUCCUCAUCCUUCUCCUCUUAUUCACUCUCUCUGUGCUCCCUCACCUCCACCAGCUUACGUUUUGUGUCUCAACAUGUCCGAGCCAAACCGCUCCCUCUGAGGAAUUCACUGAGCCUCUUCCUCCUUUCACUCUCUCACUCUUUCAUUUCCUCUUCUCUCUCUUUCUUUUUCAUUUUUCAAACCUUUUUUAUUCAACAUCCUAAACAUCCCUCCAUCCUCACGCGAUUUCUUUAUGCUGCUCUCAUGCUACAUAAUAGGGCUAAGCGCUCGCCCCUUUGAGAAAAUAACAGGUGUUACUUUUCAUUGUUUAGACUGCCAGACUAAAGAUCAGGCUUUGACUGUCACAGAGAUUAAAUCAGAAAAAUACACCCUUCAUUUUUCCCUCAGAGUAGGCUUUUACUUUGGAGGAGGCAGAAAGGCAGGAAAGUUUAAAAGGAGAGCCUUAAAGUAACACACUUCAGUCAGAGCAUCCAAACUUAUUUUUGCUCUCUUUUUCCGUUAAUGAAGCUUAGAAGGAGGAGGGAGAAAAAGUGCGGUAGAAGUCUCCACAACCGGAUUUCCAUCACUCCAAAAAGCAUGUGGUAAAGAGAGGAAGAAGAAGUGGAAAGAGGAGUGAACAUGUGGAAGUAGCUCUACCUUUUAUUUAUAGGAACGUCUGGUUAUGCUGCCCCGUAAAGUACUGCACUUCCUAUCUCCAUCCCGCUAGUUUUUACUGCUGAGCGGCCACAUACAGGCCUGACAGAGCCAGAAUGUGUGUGUGUUGUACAUUAUUGUGUGGUGGACACUGUUGGGAGUUUGUUGCUUGUAGUCAAGAUAUCUUCAUAUCUGGUCCUCAAACACACCUCAAUAAGACAAAUUAUAUCACAAGAAAUUCUUUCUUGUAACUUGAGGAAAAACUUCAGAAUUUAGUCAAGUGCAUGGAUCAACUACAAGUAGGGCUGGGCAAUAUGGGAAAAAGUUGAUCACAAUAUUUUUUUUUCAUAUCAGUCAAUAUCAAUAUACUGUAUAUCAUGAUAUAAAAAGAAACACUUGUCAAUCUGAAAUGUUCCCUGUUACUCUUAAAUGAAAUUUAACAUGUACUCGACAUAAUUUGCCGUGCACAUUACUCUGCUUCAUGUUCGACUUCAAAAAACCAAAAUACCUCCACACCCCCAACAUUUUGGUGCCAGUGUUGUUGACCAUCUCAUCAUCUGUUGAGCCUUCAUCUGCUUUUCUGACAGGGGUAGCACUUAUUUUCUUUUUUUUCUCACAGACAGCGCUGUUGGCUUUACGUGUUAAAGUGCUAUGGUUACGCAGCUGUUUGGUACUUGGGUCUAAUUCAGCACAUGAUCAGCGCCGCGUGACCUGGAGCAACUCCCCUUUUCAUUGGCUAUUCAUAUAGUCUACCAAAAUAUGGCAGAAUGCCAACUAUCGAAAAGCAUAUUGACCAUGUUUUAUAUUGAUAUUGAGGGAAAUUAAUUUUUGAUCAUUAUCGUUUGAUUGCCCAGUCCAACUACAAGUAUUUAACUUUCAUCAUCGUUGUUUUAUUUCACUCCUGUUGCGCUCUUGCUUUGACAUCAUUCAGACGCUGAACUGCACUAAAAAAUGCUGUAAAUGUGGAAGUUUGGUUGCACAUUUGGAUAAAAGUGUUGAUUUUUAUCUUGAAUGACUUCAGAGGCAGAACAAUUCAAGACCAAAUUCAUCUUGUGAUCACAACAACCUCUCCCCCCUCUCUGUUUUGUGUAACAUAGAUGGUUAAAACCUAUCCCUGUGAGCUGUUGGCACAUUUGACCAUAAACAGAGUGAUGACUUAAGAUGACUUGAGAACAUAGAUCAUAGAGUCCUAUGUGACUGAUGUUUGGAGCUGCAGGUUUGCUCGUGGAGAUACUGUGUUAAAGUUUCAGUCAGAAAAUUAGAGAGCAUCUUCUGGAGCUAUUUUUGCUCCCUGUCUGACAUUCCUCACCAUACAUCUUUGAGGCAUCCUGAACUAAACCAUUCCCAUGAUAAACAUGCUCUGAAUUUUUACUGGUCUGCAUAGUGCUUAGUUUUCAAAGUCAGUAUAUAACAAAUUACAGUAAUUUACUGCUUAAACUACAAUGGUUGCAACAGUCAAACGCAACCUGGCAUGCAGAGUUACUCAAGAGUAGAAAUCAGGGAAAAAGGACAAUUAUCAAACCCCAAAGGUUUUAAAACAGCGAGCUAAAAUUUAUAUCAGACUACCUCAAAACCAUGAAUUCUCUGCAUUUUUGGCAUUUUUGCCUGAAGAAGGCAGCAGUACCUCAGUCUGAAGGGACUUCGCGUACAAACAGGAGGUUUCCUCUUGUCCAGCAUGGACCUGAGAUUGUUGAAAGGAGGUUUAAGAGUUGCUGGUUUUGCAUUUGAGUGACUCUAUGGUGCGCUCGCAGUUAUUCUGACAUGGCUGUUAAAUGAGGUUGGAUGACAUAACUAAAAUCAGUGAACUCUUUAGUUGUGUGUGACACUGUAGUGUAGACUGAUUGGGUGUGUUUUAGCUCAUACUGCUCAGUUAACUGACUGAAAUACGACGUGGCAGUGCUGUUUCACUGUUACAGAAGUUUCUCAUGAAGUGCCUCAUUCCAAAAAGAGCUCAGUCGAUUUAUCUUAACCCUGAAGUUUGGGUGCAUUUCAGGGUAAGUAAACCACAGCAAACUUGAGGCCCCUCCACCCCCUCUCCAGCCUGUUUGGUCAGGUGAUGGUGUUUGACUGACAGAUGUGGGUCGUCAGGGCAGCAAGAGGGUGAGAGUUCUCACGUGUGUCUGUCAGCUGAGCUAGCCCAGCUUAUUUACUCGACCUCAGCGAUGAGAUAUUUAGAGGUCGAUAGGGAGCCAGUCUUCAGAUCCCCCCUGGACUCUUCUGUCUGAUCAGACCACAGUCAGCUUUGUCUGAAUAGGGUGAAGCCCCAUGUUCACUCCUUGUGCCUCUCCAAAGAUACGCCAUACACUCUCACCUGACAUGUCCGUUACCUGACAGUGGUGUGUGUUAAUCUAACUACUCUCCAUGAGAGCCUCAGUUCGUCAGUAUUUAUGAUACUUGAACAGCACAUAUCCUUUAAUGUUGGGGGAAAAAAAUGUUGAUUGACUUUUCCUGACUCUCUCUAAAUCUUUUUCUCUGUUUCUUCAGGCUAAGGGGCGGAGGGAUGGUCUCUCUUCAGCCGGUGACAACCCUCGGCCGCCGAUGGCGACCCGGCCGGGAAGGGAGGGGGUCGGCAUGGGCUGGAAGGGUCCCAGGACGCUGGUUCUCCAUAAGAACUCCCAGGGGUUUGGCUUCACUCUGCGCCAUUUCAUCGUUUACCCCCCAGAGUCUGCCCUGCACACCAACCUCAAGGUGAGAGGAUGUGUUGAACAUGUAAAAAGUUGUUAAAAGAUGUUAAAAACAUGGAGAGCUAUGGUGUUUUUCUCGCAUUAUGCAUCAUUUAGCCCUCUUCUCAGCUAACAUGUUUGUUUUAACAGCACACAUGGUCUCCAUUUCAGCCUAGCUGGUAUUUAAAAGGGUUUUCAAAAGCCUUGCGUUUAGUUGGCUGAACCUGGGACAGAGCCAAUUUGAGCUCGGACAUAAAGCCAAUCAUACCAGAGCGCAGGGUCAGCGAGGUUGAGCUGAGUGAAAUGAACCCACAGACAGGCUGAUUGGAGACAAUGAGCCGCUGAAAUGAAGCCUGUCGAAAAGUUAUUUAAGGAGAAAUCAACAAGAUAUUGAAGCAAAAUAAAGACGUGCAAUCUGUGAGGAAGCUAAAUGUACCGUUGGGCCCCUUCCAUGGUCACACCGUGUGUUUUUACCCCUCUGUGGAUACAGGACCUGCCGUUUUAGAGUGAGACUUUGUGAGGGAGCAGUUAUUUAGCUCUCUGAGGUGUGGGGGCAAACGGCUCCAGAUGUGAAAUUGAGGGAUAUGGAGGCUGGGGUGGGGUGAGCACAGCUGAAACAAGGCCUCCAUUAUUAUCGUACCACCCCACCGUGCUGCAGCUGCAGAUAUGGAGCCCUUAUUGAAUGAGAUCUGUUGUCUUAGCCUGGUACCACUCUCUGGCAGUCAAGCCGUACCAGGCCGGCCCGGGACAAUAGGCCCACUGCUGGCCUUUGGCCCUGGUUCUGUCUCAAGCUCCUCUGCCUCAAGGGUCACAUGGUGUUUUUGGACAAACAGACUAUCAGAGCUGCCUGUCCUGAUCUGAGCCUUCAUGGAAGUCUCCCAAAUUACCCUCAUAGUGUCCAAUUAUCAGAGGCCUUCUGGGUGCAUGACCCAGUUAAGCCCUCAGUUCAUAGUGUCUGCAGGUCCCUGGUAUCUUCACUAGUCUUCAGUUAUGUUAUUGCAAACAGAGAUGCUAACUCUACUUUUAUUUUGUUCAGGAAGAAUAAAUCUCUCUUCUCUUCAGACACAACUUCAUAUCUAUCUAUGAUUAUCUAUACUGCUUUGUCACUGCAUGAAACUGCAAACAUGGUACUUAAUCUGAGUGACUUGUCCUUGAUCCACUCUCACUUGGACUCAGUCUCCCUUGGAUAUUGCGUCAGACUAAAAUUAACAUAUCGAACAGCUUAAUGAUCGACUUUAAUGAACAUUAAAUCUGGACUUUUCCUUUGUCAACUUAAAGGGAUAUUCUGGCGUAAAUUUAACUUAGGGUCAAACAAACUGUAACACCAAGUUAGACACCCCCUUGAGAGAUGAAUGUUGCUGACUUCUUGCUUCUCUAGUUAUACCAACUUUAGUAAUGACCGCACAUUAGCAAUACACAGCGGUCUACGUCUCCACGCACAAUCGUCAACCAAAAAGCCGCUCUAUAGCCACAAAUAAUGCUCAGAACAGCACCUAACUUCAUCAACAGUACAUAUAGGGUCCCAGCCAUACCACUAGCCACCAAACAUCUUUUUAGCUAACCUAAUUUUACGCCGGAAUAUCCCUUUAAGCCCUCAAUAUAAAACUCUUUAAUGGGCAAAGAAACCUGGGGAUGCAUUUAGUAAGGUAAGCAAAGUUAUGAAAUGCAACUGGUGCUGUCUGGGCCAAGUUUAGUAGCAUGUGUGACUCUUUGAGCUACUGUAUACUGUGAGGGCCCUGUUGUAGAUUCUUGUGCCCACCCCUCGCUCUGUCCUCCUCAGUCCUGGUUGUGCUCAAUCUGCUGGAGCUGCUCGGUUGUGGAGUGUCCCCAGCUCAAAGCUCUUUUCUGGGGAUGGCAGCUCUCCUUUUUCUGCCUCUAAAACCCCCACCAUUGUCCACAGAGCCAGGAAUGAGCCCACUCAGCGCAGCAUAAAGCCAGGCAGCAGUCAGCCCAUCAUGCCUCUAACCCCAAACUGUCCACUCAGCUUACUGUGUGUGUGUGUGUGUGUGUGUGUGUGUGUGUGUGUGUGUGUGUGUGUGUGGACAUAAUCAGACAACCUGUGCCUAUCAAACGCCACCAUUCUCGCUGUUUUGUGUGUUUGUUUGCUUUUCCAUGACAUCAUGUUUACCUGCAGACAGUCAAACCUGAAAGUCAGUGUUUGUGUCAGAGCUGCACUUCAACAUGUAGAGCUCAUAAAAACAAGCAGCUCUGUCAGAUGAGGGUUGGCUGAGAAGAUUGUGGUUAACACUAACUUGACACAAAAGGUUCUCCCUGUCAUCCUAAGUCUACAGUGAUUUAUGUACCAGGUAAGCUUGACUCUGGGAUGAACUAGUGUCAGACUGCUUUUCUCGCCCAGAAUAUUUCAUCUCUGGUUGAGGAUUUCUGCAUGCUGUUAAAUUAGAUGUAUGAAGAACUGAUCUGAAUCAGCAUUGGUUAUGCAGCUGCCUGUAUUUUGUAUUUUAAUUCAGCCGAAUCUUGAAGACCAGAAAUAUUACUCUGCUAAAUUUGGUUCCCACAAGACUCAUGUGGCUUCCUCAGAUUUUGAAAACCAGCCUCAAGCUUUGACCGGUCAUUACAAGAUUGCAGUUGUUUUGUAUUAUCCGUAUUUAUCCUCCCUGUUUAUUAUUUCGCAUUAUUGGCAUGUAUUGUGGUUUUCAUGAGUACAUUUGCCUUGGGACAACAUUUGCAAAUAAGCUGCUAGCCAACUCUUGUGCGAGUACUUCCAAUUAGGUGCUGUCCCUGUUCCCAAAAAUAAUCAACAAAAUAAUGUAAAAGCUGAUCUUGUAACUCAAACAAACAAAACCAAACAGAUAAAUCCUGUCAUUAAAAAUCCCAUUUUUAAGUAGGUUUCCUGCUGUUUUAUUUGCUCUUGUUACGGCUUGUGCUGCAAUAAAUUCUAUCAAACAGUUUAUGCAUUUUACAAAAACAUCAGAAUUCUUUGAAUCAUUAAAAGUACCAUAAAAAGCAUCUGUGUUGUCAAAAGCUGAAAUACACUUAACCAUGUUCCGUAUGUCUCCUUAAAAUACCUCUAUGGAGGUUGUUUUCUGUGGGUAAACAUGACCAAAUGUGACUGGAUUGAAGCCAGAGUCAUAAUUCCUCCUGUCUGUGUUCUUUGCAGGAUGAGGAGAACGGUAACAGAAAGGGUAAGUGCUCUUAACCUUCUUCUAUGUACUCUCUUUAUAAGGCAGCAAAUUAAAGCCUUGUUCAGUGAGAUAAGGAUGAUUUAACAAGCUGACACCUUUUAUUCCAUCCUGUCACCUCUGCUAUGCAGCCCCUCUGCGCCCUCUAGAGGACAAUAUGCAGCACUGCAGUUAAAUCCAGUCCUGCUGCUUUUAAACAGGUGUUAGAGAACAAAAGCAGUAUAUGUCAACUUUGGCUGAUGUUGAAGCAUUUUCAGGUCAUGCAGGAAAGAUCUCAACAUUCAACAGGAGUGUGACCGUCAUGCUUUGAAAUGAAUGUCGGCUGGACUUUAUUAUAAUCUCUUCUUCUGCCUCGAUCCUCCAGGGUUUCAGAAAGGCUGCCUGGAGCCCAUGGACACCAUAUUUGUGAAGAGUGUGAGAGAAAAGGGUCCGGCUCAUCAGGCGGGCUUGUGCACAGGUAAAAGAGGAACAUCAGCAUCAGCAGAUUUGCAUUGUAAAUGUGUUGGGAUCUAUGGUCAUGUGAUCCUGCAGACAUGAGCAGAUACACACUGACACAAACAAAUCAGUGGGGGUUAGCCCAAAUACAAGGUUACCAAAAGAAAAGGCUUUUCUCACACUGCAGACGCCUUUUGGAUGAUAUAACCCAGAUACCAGAAUGACAGCUUAAAAUCCCAGUGCACUUUGAAUGUGACAGAAUCACUGAAGUGUUCCUGUUGUGAGUUGCUGCCUCAGCGCAGACACACCAAACCAGCGCUGCAGUGUGCAUGCUGUCACAUCCAGAAAGUCACACAACCAGAAAAAAUAUCAGUGAUAUCUUUUCAGCUUGUGUAGAGCCUACUACAUGGAGACAAACUGGGAACAAAUGGUUAUGCAACAUCUUUCCCAGAGUCUCAUUUCAAAUCUGCAAAGUGGUGCUGCCUUUUUUCUUAUAUCAGAUUUUACAGACUUACUUAUACUCACUGUUAAUCUUAGUGCAUUUAUUGUUACUGUUCCAUUUUGAUCAUCACUUUGGCUGUAGUUACUCACCUCACUGCCCUUGUGUGCUAGAUAUAAAUGACAUUUUGUGUGUUUUUUAGGGGACCGGCUGGUAAAAGUGAAUGGAGAGAGUGUUUUAGGAAAGACGUACUCGCAGGUGAUCGCUCUCAUUCAGAACAGGUAAGACAUUCACCUGUCAGCACGUUGAGCCUUUGGUGUGUUUAGUUCUUAAAGCUUAUGUUUGCUUUUUCUUUUGCAAGUUCACAUCACUGAUGUCAACACUUGUAUUCGUUUACUCUCAUUUUCAAAAAGAGUCGCCUGCAGCAGCGUACUCUACGCAGUCCAAACGCUAAACACUUUUCACCUAUUAUGCAUGAUGACUGGUGAGAUGCUGGGCCAGGAGUUUAUUUUGGAGGAGCUAAUAUUUGUAGACAAAUGUUCGUAGAUAAUAGGAGUUAUGUCAUGGUUGAAAAUACAUGUAGGGUUGAUAAUAGCAGAACACCUUUCAAUUUGAAGGUAUUGUGGAUGAUGCUCUAUAUCUACACCUCGUGCAUAUGGCAUAAAUCCACAUAAGGAAGCUGUUCAUUGGCACAGAUGAAUAAAAACAGACAAACACACAGACCUGGUGAUAUUACACAGAAUUAGUACUAUCAUCCAGAAUAAGAUGAUAUGUUUUCUAUCAAAUUUCCCCUGUGGGAUGAAAAAGGUUUUUGUUUGUGUCAUGCACCAGGGUCUCAUAUAUAAGUGUUUCAUAAGCUAAAACUUUGUUUUUCCUAUCCAAUCCAACCCACCUUUAUUUUUAAAGCACAUUUUAAAAACAACAAGGUCACUAAAUUGCUGCACAACAGAUUAAAUAUAAAAAAAGUGAAAAUACUGUAAAUUUUAUGUAUUUAUUUGCUAUUUUUAUCCAUUUUUUUGUUUUAUGUUUUUAUAGUUAUUAUGCUUCAAUUGUUUUUUAUUGUUUCUGGCUGUUUUAUUGUAAAGCACUUUAGUAGGCCACUGGCCGUUUUAAAAUGGGCUAUAUAAAUAAAUCUGACAUUGACAUAUAAAAGUAAAAAGAAAAAAACAUAUUAAAUCGGAUAAAACACUAGGAAAUAUAAAAAUACAGUUUAAGACAGAGACCACACAACUCUCAUACAGUAUUAAAGAUUAAAAGAUAAAGAUUUAAAAGUAUCCAGGGUGGGGGCCAUUUUGAUAUGGGGGGGGGGAGGUAAAAACUAAGAAGAGACAAAGACAAUCUGACCGUUCAAACAAGAGAAAAGUUAAUCAGAAGAAAUGUGCCAGAGUGUAUUAAAACAGUGCAUUACUAACCCUCUAGCUCUGUGUUUAUAUCUCACUUCUUUAUAUUGCUACAGCUUCUGCAACAGUUUCAAGUCACUUUUUUGCCCCUCUUAUUCUUAUUUAUCAUUGUUCUUUCUGUUGCAGCGAGAGUAUGUUGGAGCUUUCCAUUAUGCCAAAGGACGAAGACGUGCUUCAGUUGGUAAGUGUGAGUACAGGAUUUUUAAUGCAUCUUAUCCCAUCAGAACAUCUUAUCACAUCAGGAAUUACACGCUUAGCUGGAUCUCUUUUUGAUCAUGCCAGGACUCUGCAGAAAGAAUGAGCUUUCUGCUCUGCUUGUUUGCAGAGUUGAACCUGGAUUCACCUCGUUGUUGUUGUUGUCAGAGAAUGUCGAGAUUUUGCAAGAAUGACUGUGCACUGACUCAUCCCUCGCAUAUAUUAGAAGGACACUGGUUUCCUGAGUGCUGAAGCUGAUGUUUAAAAAAAUCCCACAAACUUGCGCUCGUUCACACACCCAUGUACUGUACAACACAUUUUUGUCGCUCCACAGGUUGCCCCACGCUGGCUCACAUGAUCAGACAUGCAUCAUCCCUCGCCUUGUCCCUCCCAUUAACACAGAGCAACCUCUAACAUGAAAACCAGAUCAACAGAUUUAAGCCAUUCACACGGAGAUAUCAGUUUAAGUCCACAUUAAUGCUCUCCGUUAAAGAGUAUCUCCAUUUUUGAACAUUAUAAACCCACUCCUCUGUCCUCACGCUCCUCCCCUCCUCACUGUUACGCCUGAAUCUGCUGCAUUCCUAGCAUGACAUCACCAGCACUGCGCCUCCUUCCACACUCCCACAGGGUGGAGUAAGGCAGAGAAUGAGAGGGAGGAGAGUGAGGGAUCCGAGAGAGGGCACAACAAGGAGAUCAACAGAUAGGAAACUUUAAGAAAUAUUUCAUAGAGAAAAAGGCCGAAUGUUUGGUGGACCGGGAGGAGGGUGUAGAUUCUGAAGAGCAGCUGGAGUGUCGGUGAGGAUCUCCCGCCUUGUCCUCUUUUGUUCCUCAUCUUUGUAUGUUUUUGGUGACUUGAAGCUUCACAUGCAGGCUGAGGAAGGGUUCUGGGUUCUGCUGGGCGGUCUAGGUAAACCUUAAAAAAGCUCUCUGAAAGGAUUAUGAGGUUAAACUUUACUUAAUUAACAAAAAGAAGUGCAUUUUCUUUGUUUGCUGUUUUUAGAAAGUGUAAAAGAAGUUGUUCAAUGUUGGUGACAGUGAAUGAGUCAUGCGUAUACGUUAGUAAUGGAUCCUCUUAAGUAGUGCAGAGUGUAUAGAUAUAUCCUGUCUGUGUACACACAGCAUUGCUGUGAACGACUUUUGUAUUUGCAGCUGGCUGCUUUUUAGUCCGUGUUGAGUUUUGAGCUGCAGGCACUUUGUGUAGUUUGCUCUCCAGCAUGUGUUUGUGUUGAGCGCUGAGGCCCCGGGGACAAACUGUGGCAAAAGUUAAAAGGCACUGUCCCACUUUAAGGUUUGUUGUGUAACAAAUGGCGGCAUGAAGUUGUCCUAUAGAGUGUUUGUUGUGGGCUGUGUUGUUGUUGUCAAACUUGUUUGUAGUGAAAAGGUCAAAAACGUAGAUUUACCGUCCUCACCCUCUCACCCUUUCCCUGCCUGUGAGCUCUUAUCUAACCGCUCCUCUCUCCUCCUUCACUCCUUCAGGCUUACUCCCAAGAUGCCUACCUGACAGGCAACGAACCCUACUCAGGGGGAGCCGAGAAUCUCCCACCUCCGCCUCCCCUCUGUUACCCACGCACCAAAACCACAUCCCCCGCCGGAGCCCCUCAACCUGCCCCCAUGGGCCAGAACCAGCUGGAUAACUGGAGUCGCUGGCCUGGUUCCUCAAGCCCUUCUUCACCUUUGGACAACCGCUCUGCUGUGGGCAGCCCCGCCAGCUGGCAGGAGGGGCGAGCAGGAGAGCCAGGUGGCGUGGGUCACAGCAGCCCGGCCCACCGCACCGAGGAAAUCCAGUACGGAAUGACCAGCCAGCAGCCUCAAGGCCAGACCAGGGGGCGCUCCUACUCUUCUUCUUCCUCAUCAGGAGGCCCCUUGUCCAGCCCACUUCAGGUUCACUACCCCAACCACCACUCUGCUGGCUCCUCACAAGCCCAGCCACGCAAGUCCAGCUCGGCCUGGACCAGUCCCCCGUUGCCUCAGCUUAGCCAUGGCCGCAGUGAGCGCUGCCAGCAGGCGCUGUCAGACUGGUACUACAGCCAGGUGCCGGAGCGCUCAGGACGCAGCAUGCAGACUCGACACCGCAGCUACUCUCAGGACCGGCUCAGUGAAUCCAGGAGGCAGCAGCAGCGGCCUGGUGGCUGGCCGCACAGCGCCUCCCAGGAUACUCUACUAUUACUGCAGCAGUCAGGACCUGGACCACAUGGAGAGCCUUACUGGUCUUAUGGAGACUGGGAGGCAGGCCCAGGUAGGGGCCACCAAUCCACAAACUAUACACGGACACGCUCUGAAAACCUGCUGGCCCUGUAUGAUCGCCACGGCCGCUCCUUAGAGAUGCUGGACCGAGCAGCAGCUGGACUGGUCUCGCCUCGGUUUGAGAGGCCUUCAUGGCAGCAGCAGGCUCCCCAGCCGCCUCCUCGGACUGACGCUUACACCAAGCAGGGAAACCAUUUUGUUGCGCCACAAGCUGCUCCUAUGCCCAGACAGUCACACUCUAAACACCACCCGCAAACACACACCCCGACCCACUCCCAGACUCAGUCCCAGCAGGUGGCCUCACAGAGCAGGCGGCUCCCCCAUGGACAGAGCAUGGAUGACCAGCCAGUGGGUUAUCGCAGCUACAGCCCAUCUUUUUACCGAAAGACGGGCCGCAUCAUGCAACAAGCCCACUCUUUCAGGGACCCUUCAUACUCUGGCCCCCAUUUGAACUGGAAUCCAACACCUAAAAGCCCCCCUGAGGGUGCAGCACCCAUCACCGCCUCUUCUGCCUCCCCGCUCUCCUCCACCACUGCAGAAACCCAGGACAGAGCAUACAGACCUACAAACCACGAGAGGGAGCGAGGGUCAGUGGAGGGGCAGUCAGAUAUGGUGGCGGCACAGACGCAGGAAGUGGUGCUGAGACAGAAACCCCCAACGGGGCGGAGGAAUGCCCACGGCAUGCGGCAUCCCCACUACGUUCUACCCAUGGAUGGGAUAGAACCCUCUCUAUUUUCUCCUGAACUUGAAGACUCAGGUCCUGCCCCUGGGUCCACGGGAGAUGUAGCCCCGCGCAAACCCAACGGCAACCUGGCCCCCCUCCCCAUAGAGGACGAUUCUUUGGCUUCCAUCCCUUUCAUAGGUGAGUAGGAACUGUCAGAGCUCCAACCUGUGUCCCGUCUCUUACUUCUAAUUAACCUUUAAGAUACCCCAAACUGAGCUCUAGAUCAAGUGGUGGUAUUGAAGGAUCAUUGAAGCUGAACUGAAGGUAAUGCAGAGCUGUAGUUCAGACAAAAUCAGGAGUUUUUCAGUGUGUGUGUGUGUGUGUUUCCUUCAUUUGCGUCUUGUUCUUAGACUCCAGCCUCCUCUCAAACCUGAAGCAGUUUCCAUUCUCACUUUGAGAUCUUACUUGUGUGUAUGCGUGCAUGUGUGCAUUUGUGUUUGUAUUGGGUAAUUCUGGCACUUCCCUCUGUUUUACAGACGUUACUGGUCUGAUUGAAUCAUAUCGGAUGAGAAUUUACUAAUCCUUCUGCCAAUGAGCAAAACAAGCUCAUCAUUUCCUGAGUACGCAUGUGUGUGUGUGUGUGUUUUUUUUUAAGGGGGAGGGGGGUUAUGCAGACAGGUGCUAUGAUUUCCAGUCACUUAUAUGACUCUCCAUAAAGUCUUUGAGUCACCUUAAUAGUUUUUUUGCCAUGUGAGCAGCUUUCAGGGAUUUGUGUCUUAUGCAAAUAUUCACAGACUUUUGCAGAGCUCGAUCAUGACAAAAACCCCAUUAGUUUGCUAACAUGCUAAAGUAUUAUGUGUAGCGUGUUAAACACUGCACCUGUUGAUAGCAGCGUGUUGACACAACCGUCGAGUAUGUAAUGCUGAAUACUUGAAGCCUUCAUCUUAACCACUGACAAUUAAACUAAUGAUGGGAAAGCUUUGUGCUUCAUCACAGUUUUUACCUUUGAACGUUGUGUAAUUUUACCUGCUAAAUGAAUCUGAGGAAAAUACUUCAAGACUUUAUCCUCCUUUCAAGUGCUGUUUUCAGGAUUACUCAGUGUUUCAAGAUAAAGAAAACUGGAUUACGACAACUUAAAGCACUUUAGAUGCAUUCCAUCACAUACAUCCACACGCUCUCUGACUAAAGGCAAAGCCUCAGGAGCAAUUUGGAGUUCAGUUUUUUUGCCAUGCAAGAACUUAAGGCGCCCACAAUCAAGCUGUUCGCCUUAAGAUAGAGGGAUUAACCACUCCGUCUCUUGAGACACAGCUGCCCUGUAGAAAAGAAUCAAAAAGUAGCUCUGAGUCCUCACAGAUUGGCUGGAUUUGAAAUAUCCACUCAUGAAUUCAUAGCAAUAGUUAGUCCUAGUUACUGUACAUGAAUGAGGUGCUGCUCUGUGUCUGUGUGAUGUGUUUACACCAUGAAUAUGAACUGUACAGUUACAUAUGUUGCUGUCAGUGGGAGGUGACUGUGUUCUUGUCCCGACUUGUUCCUUGCUCUGAAAGCCUCAAAGUGAAGGGGCUCUGCAGGCUUCAUAUUUGCUUGCAUUGCCUGACAUGUACAGCUGCCAUUAAGUCAAAGCAUACGCAAACUAAGUCGGUCUGUCAGGCGAGCCUGUCCUCUACCACCCUGGAGCUUCCUGGAGCAAACAGAGACCGGUUCCCCUAAUGUCAAAUAGAUUCAAAUCAGCUGACUCUGGAGCUCUGACCCAACAUGGGAUGGCUGUGGAUAUUUGAGCCAAGCCAUGCUCGGUCAGAGAGAGUCAUUUAAAAGGGGGGGAAAAAUCCAGUGGCUCAGCAAACCAGGAGUCAUCUCUCUGCCUCUCUCACUCUGGGUCACAGCACAUUCCUUCUCCGUACCUUCAGAGAGCAGGCAAUCAGAGCUACAGGCCGGGACACGUUUAAUGGGCAUGAGCUGAAACUAGGCUAGUUUUUCCCCUCAGACAAGAACCAGCUUCUCUCCCCUCUUUUCUUGAUGUCUCAUACAGAGAUGCUGAUAUGAUCUGAGCCUGUCUCUUUAUCUCUUUAUGAAGCCUCGUGUAGAGACGAGAGAGAUUCUCAAACUUUUCCUCAAGUAUUUAGUCGUUAUUCUGUUUUAUUGUGUAAAACAGGAAGUAGUGUGCCCACUGAUGCACACUAAGUCUGUACUCUGUCCACUAAGUCUUUAGAAAUGCAUCUAAGCUGUAAAUUAUUAGGAGGUUUUUGUGGCGGGGCUUGUGGGGAACAGCAGGGGCCCAUACAAUCCUCUCCCACCCAACAUCAAUGCUGCUAUUGUGCCUCUCUGGAUGAUGAAGAGGUUUGUGUGGGUGUGUGGGGGCUCUAGUCUAUGACUAUCUUUACUAGCUGGACCCUGGAUAGCACAGACCAGGACCAAGACCUUCUGUUCUGGUUUCUGCUUUUCAAACAGACCCCUUCCCUCCGACUGCCCAAAAGUUGCCUUCCAAUCCUUAAACAGUUUACAGUCUUCUGUGUAAAAGUGUGUAACAAUGAGAUACAUGGGUGACCUGCCCCAUGUUCAUGGUAAAUAUUAAGGGUGGGAAUCACCAGAUAUUAUUACGAUACUUGGUCCAUGAUACGAUAUUAUCACGAUACUUGGUCCAUAAUAUGAUAUUAUCACGAUACUUGGGCCACGAUGUGAUAUUAUUGCUAUUUUUAACAUUUCGCAAUACAGUGAAUGUUGAGAUACAAUAUAUAGGGAUUUAUACAACUGUUAAGCUAAUUUAGCAUUUGACUUUCCUUUAUGUUUGUCUUUUUUACGCUGUAUUUUAUUUUCAUGUAGCACAUCUUGCUAACCUUAGAUAUAUUUGUUGCACAAACUUUCUCCUGCUCUAUGAUGUCACCUCUGCCAACCUCACUGGACAAGCAGUUGAUUUUAUUUUUCCAUUAUCAUAGAUUUGAUUUUAUAUUAACAAUUAAUUUGAAAAAGUCAAUACUUGGUCAAUGAGAUGACACGAUAUAUCACCAGACAAAAUAUCGCGAUACUAGGCUGUACCGAUUUUUUUUCUCCCACCCUUAGUAAAUAUGCUGUAUGUGAAGCUUAUGUCACUGUAGUCUUAGUUGCAGCAGUUGCUGGUUUGAUUACUGCCCAAUAAAAAACAACAAAAAUAAAACCAAUCAAAAACAUUAGUAAAUUCAGCUUUAAUGUGAACCAUGCGUCUAUUCUGAUAACACAUUGAUUAUGUCAUCCCUUUUUCAGGGCAGAUUGAUAAAUUUUUGGUGCUCCAAUGUGCUGAUUUUUUGACUAUCCUUUAUCAUUAAAUGGCUAUGAACCAAAAAGCUGAAGCCGAUUAUUUUAACAAGGUUAUUUCAUGCUGCACUUUAAGCUUUUAAAAAAUGAUGACUUACACAUUUGAUCAAGAAAUACCAGAAAACAGGCCCACACAGCAUGAGGAAUAUGUGCAAUGUGUCUUUGCAUGGUUCAAUAUGGAAAUAAUAAUGUGUCAUGCAGUAAAUGAACAAAUAUUCAAAAGCAAAAAAGAACUAAAACUCACAGUUCCUGGGUAAAUUUACUUCUCCUUCACAACAGGCCUGUUUAAAAUCCCAUAAAAAGUCCUAAAAAAUAAGUUUUCCCCACCUUGUUGAUCCCACUUCAUCUGAGGGUCACUGAUAGCUGGCUGGACCUUCAUCUGACUGCAUCGAAAUGGAGUUUGAGCUGCUCAUGCUGAGGUCCAGGUCCAUGUCAACCCACUCUGUCCACUGUCCUACCCCCUCAGCCUUAAUUGUCUUUUAUCAGUUUGAGUACACUGUUGUAAUUUGGAAACAAAAUCUGUCUCAUUCUAACAGCUAUUUAAAAUAAGUGAGGGCAGCAUGGACAGCUAGGGAGAUGUUUGUAAUUCAUUUCAUAUUUGUGAUUCCAGUGAGUCUGGAGGAAACUUAACUCUAAAAAACUACUGUUUAAGCCUUCAGUGAGUUCAUUUGAAGAGGUUAGAAUCCCAGUAUGUGUGGAUUUCUGCAGUAAGUCCUUUUAUUAGAUGAGUUUUGUAGUUUAGGAAAAGGCUCCUUCACUUCUGCUCUCACUCUCUCUCCUUUGGUAUAAUCUCUGCAUGCUGAGCUCCAUGUCUUCUGCAUGAUCUGCUGUGGAGUUGUUACCGAGCAUGCUGCAGUAUAUGCUCCCCUCUGCUGGUCCGUCUCCGUCUCAUGGCUCUGAGCUCACUCUCUGGCUGCCCGUUAAUGACGGCCUUUGUUAAACCCACAGACCGGCUAUUUCUGGGCAGCGCUGUAAACAGGCAGAUUCCUCAGCCCAGAUUGGAAAUGUUUUCCGCCUGAUGUCUGGGCUCAAGUACGCACAGGAGUAAAGAAGAGGGGUGAUAGAGAGGUGGAUGGAUGGAUGGAAAGCCAGAGUGACAGAAAUGAGAGGAAAGGAAGAAUGGGGAUGGUUGUGAAGGAUGGAGGAGGGACAGACUGACAAAGUAAAAUAAAUCAGAUCAGGAAGAAGACAAAAGAUGAAAUGAGAAACCACUGCAAGAGUUUUAGAUUCUGUGUUGCCUGUGUGAGGGGUUGUGCUGCCCCCUGGUGGCCUCCUUUGAUGAGAACACACUGAAACCUCGCAGCAGCACAGUCCUGACGGUUUAAAAUGUCACCGGCAAAUCCAGCUUCUCCUCACUUUAUGCAAAUAUGAGGCCGCUCUCUAAUCCUCUGUCAGUCAGGAAGUGUGUACCAGAGAGUGUGUAGCUGUGUGUGUGUAUAAACAGUUUCAUAUCCCAUUGCAUCAGCUAACACUCUUACAGACUUUUAGCGUAUGUGAUCAAUAAAAUCUCCUGCAUGUGGUUAUCCUAAAAAAGUGUAAAUCAUGGCACAAAAAACAAAUGUUAUUAAGUCCAGGUUCUGAUAUUUAAGGUGACUCUUUCCCUCUUUUCAACAUUAAACAUUCAACAGUGUCCACUGCUCUAGAUUUCAUAAAGAACUGAAACCUGUAGUCAGUAAAACUGUGUGACAGUCGCCCUCUAUAAGACACCAACAAGCACUUCUUAUGGCAGCAGGAGGCACAGGUACGGCAAGUCUGUAAACGGUCUCUUUGAUUGUGUGUCUGUGUACAUGUUGUUCUCUUCAUGAAUGAAUAUAGAUGUUUGUCUUCUUAUUCAGAUGUAGAGAAAAUCUGCAGGAUUUUGAUCAAAGAAAGACUGAACUUAAAGAUGGCUGAAACUGUCAGAUUUGUGUGAUAUUUGUGAUGGUAACCCCGCUUCCUCUUCCUUUAAAACCUCCUCCUGACCUUCUCUUAAUCUAACCGCUCUGAUUUUCCUUCUUUUAUUCCCUCCUGACCUUUUUUUUCUCUAACACCUAAUUCUAUCCCUCCUUACUCUCUCCUCCUGCCUCCCCUCCCUUCCUCCCCACCUCCUCCUUCCCACAGAUGAGCCGACAAGCCCCGGUGCUGAUUUGCGCGCCCGCCAUGUGCCGGCGUCCUCCGUGGUGUCCAGCGGCAUGAGUUCGGCCCCCGCCGUGGUCACCAGCCCCGCCUCCCCCACUUUCUCCUUCCCCCUCACUAGGCUCUUCUCACACGACUGCAGUGAGUGCUCCCUCCUGUCCUCCCCUCCUCCCCUCCCUCGCUCCUCACUGCAUGCAGCUGGAAAAAGUCUCGGUUAUGGUGUUUACCUGCGAGUUUCUUCUUUUUAUUGAUGCUGGGAGAGUUUAAAAGAAGGGUUCUGGUAAUGUGCUUGCAAACACUGCUAUUACUUCCAUCUUAUCAGGUGUGUUUUUUGCUUAUUUUUGAGUCGAAGUAAACCAGAACAUUUUACAUUUUUUUGUCCUUAUCAUAUUCUGAAGGUAUUUUCUAGAAGUAAGGGUAUUUGCAAAGUAAAAAAAAAACACUGUUUAUUCUGCUGAAACCUCAACUAUUUUAGAGUAUUUGACAUUUUCUAGUUUUUAAGAUGAUUCAGUGUCCCUUUCACAAGAUUUUGAAGGCUCAAAAAUAACCAAAAAUCUUGCAAAGAUAAAAUCAUAGCAGUGCUGAUUUGUAGACUCUCUUGUGUGGAACAAAGAAGUUUGAACAUUUCUGAAUAUUAAGUUGGGCGGACUCAGACUUGCAUGAUCCUUUUCCCUGAAGAAGCUCGAGUGCAUGUGUGUCAGUGUUUACAGAGGCUCUACCUGCAUGCCAGUGGUGAGAGAAGUGAUAUUUGAAUCUAACCCUCCGUUCUAGCUCACACCACCACAGUCCAUCCAUCCUCACCUCCUACCGCCACCACCUCCAGCCCUCUCCUUCCCUCCUUCCCAGACUGUCCCCCCUCUGAUAAUCCAACACCAUCCAGACUGGUGAUUGGCAUUACAUCAACAUUCUGUCUUUCUCUCUGUCUCUGUCUCUGUGUUUCUCGUCCUCUCUCUCUCUCUCUAUCUCUCUUUCUGCUCACUCAUCCUCUCAUUGAGCAGGCAGUAUUAAAUCCAGUCGCCGUUCCUCCUAUCUUCUAGCCAUCACCAGCGAGCGCUCCAAGUCAUGCGACGAGGGACUCAACACGUUCAGAGAGGAGGGUCGAGUCUUCUCGUGAGUCAGACAGAGACAGCUUCCUGUUAUUUGGAUCAAAAUGACUUUGAUUCAGUUUUCUGAGGACAAUUUGACACUUGAUGAUGAUGUUUUUGUGCUUCACAGGAGGCUACCAAAGAGGGUGAAGAGUUUCUUCACAGACGGGGUGAGUUCUUUUUUUUCUUUAUUCUUUCUUUUUUUUUUUUUAAAGCACAUCUUUAUUGUUUUUUUAUUCAUACAACAACAUCCAACACUUUAAACAUAUGGCAGUAAUGAAAAUAAUAAUGAAAAUAAUUAAUACAGAAAAAGUAAAUAAAUAAAAUGUCCUAAUAAAAUAAUAAUUAAUAAUUAAAAAAGAUAAAUUAAGUUAACAAAGUAGUCAACUAAUUACUGAGCAAUAAAUACAUAGAUUUAAAAAAAAAUUGACUAAAUAAUAGCAAUUAAUGGUAAGCGGGUUAGUGCGCCCCAUGCAUGGGGACCACGGUCCAUGCAGAGGUCGCAGGUUCACGUUCGGCCCGGACUAUGUGCUGCGUGUUUUCCCUAUCUUCCCACAUUUCACACUGUCCUAUCUAUAAAGGCAACCCCCCCCCCCCCAAUAAAAUAAUAAACCUUAAUAAAAAUAAAUAAAAUAAAACCUUAAUAAAAUAAUAGCAAUAAUCCAGUCCAAUCCAGGUUUAUUUAUAUAGCACAUUUAAAAACAACAAAGCGCUGACCAAAGUGCUGUACAUUAAAAUUAAAAACAAAAUAAAAAGAACCAGACAAUUAACAUGAACAAUAAAACAAGACACGGGAACACAUUAAAAACAGGGGGACAUAGAUGGUUCAGUGAAAACAUGAUUAAAAGGCCAAGUUCUCAAGAGUUAAAAGCCAGGGAGUAAAAGUGCGUUUUCAAAUUUGAUUUAAAAACAGGCAGUGAGGGGGACAGUCGGACAUGAAGGGGAAGAGCAUUCCAGAGCGUAGGCACAGCAACAGAAUAAUAAUAAUCAAUCACUAUUAAUAAUAGUAAUAUUCUUAAUAUAGGUUGGCGGGGUCAGUUCUUGAUCUUUCAUUGAAUUGCCUCUUAAACAUUUUAUCAUCUUAGAAAUAUUAUCAAAAGUAAAAACAGAUCUUUGUCCUCUUUGCUGGUUGAACUACUGUUGCAGUAGUUGGACUUUGAUGCUCACAGGUCUCUAAUUAAUGACAAGAAUCCAUUGAAUCAACUGUAAAAACAUCGUACUCAAUAUUUAAUGAGCUAUAAUAUCAUCAGAUCUUCUGAACGUUUCCUUGGUUGUGUUUCAGUCUCUGGACAACCUGGGGACAGCAGAGGAGGUUCGAUCCAAACGCCACUCCACCUCAGAGCUGGGAAACAUCACAUACAGUGACGUGCGGCGAGAAGGAUGGCUGCAGUACAAACAGAUCCUCACAGAGAAGGGCAAGGUGGGCACCAGGCAGUUUUUACAUGAUGACGUGUUUAAAGUUAAUGACAGAAAUACUUACGCCAAAGAGUCUCUCUAUCCUCCACAGAAGGUCGGCAGUGGGAUGCGUCCGUGGAAGCGAGUGUUUUCUGUCCUUCGCUCUCAUUCGCUGUUCCUCUACAAAGACAAGAGAGAGGCCGUGCUCCGUGGGGCUACAAUUGGAGGCGGGGCAGAGGACGAACAGCCAAUCAGCAUACGGGGCUGUCUGGUGGACAUUGCGUACAGUGAGACCAAACGUAAGCACGCCCUGCGGCUGACCACUCAAGACUUCUGUGAGUACCUGCUUCAGGCUGAGGACCGCGAGGACAUGCUGGACUGGAUCAAAGUCAUCAGGGAGAACAGCAAGACAGACAACGAGGUGAGAGGACACACUUGGACCCGCUGGUUUUACAGUGACUCAGAUGUGUAGAUGGUUUUAGAAACAAGGAGUGACUGAGAUGUUUUUGUUUGGUGCAGGAGCUCGGCUUUUCCAGACAGGCCCUCAUCAAUAAAAAACUAAACGAUUACAGAAAACAGAGGUGAGUGUGGUGAUGAUCAUGAGCUUUACUGCUGAACUCAACAAACCGCAGAUAUCAAAUCUGUCUCUUUGUCCCCCCCUGCAGUCCAACAGGCAGUAAACCAGACUCCUCGCCCAGGCUGCCUCGCAUGAAACCUCCCUUCCUGCUUGCCAAGACUGAAAACCCGGUCGGGGCGCCGCGCUCCCCAAAACCAGAGGGCAAGGGUUAGUGUUAUGGGAACAAUACCAGGAGAUCUGACCACUAUAGCUGGAAACUGUGUUUAUGUUUAUGAUUUCAUGUUUAUGAUUACACAGAGCACAAAUACUAUCACCGUAAUCUGAUGAAGGUUUUUCUGUUUGUAUCCCUCCAGAUGAGAGCGGCCCUCCAAAGUCUCCAUGGGGAAUCAACAUCAUGAAGAAGACAAAGAAGGCAGGAGGGCCCAAAGCUUUCGGUGUGAGGCUGGAGGAGUGUCAGCCUGGUGUCAAUAACAAGGUACCCCUCAUGAUCCCCUUUUCUUUGACUUGAAAGAGGUGACACUGAGAAAUACUCUGGACGCACUCACUCUAGGCCAAGUUGUCUUGUACCGUGCAAUGUUUAAUUGUCUGUUGCUAUGUUAUAAAAAGCCAGCAGAGUCAGCAGAGUCCUCCCAGUUCCUCCUUUAAGUCAGUGUGGUGUUCAUGUCCCUAAACUUAAUCCCCAUCAGCUUAGGAGACUGUGAUCAGGUCUUCAUUGCACUGAUUUACUGGCUCCUUUAAUGCUCGGUUUAACUGUUGAUUCUCGUCCUUCAGCCAGUACAAGAAUCACCUAUUUACCGUCUUAUUGUUUUGAAAUGAGCAGAGGUCGGUGUUUAUCUGCUGUUAUCAUGAGCAGACUUGGCAGUCUGACAGCAUCCAAAUCCUGUUAUUUUAUCUUUACCUCUAUGUAGAUGUUACAUGUGAAAAUUCAAUCAACAGGUGCCUCACUGCUCUGUGCUUAUGGAUCUGCAUGAUCAGUCAUACGAUGCACCCUUAAACUCUGUCUGUGUCUAUCUCAGUUCAUCCCGCUGAUUGUGGAGAUCUGCUGUGGUCUGGUGGAGGACAUGGGUCUGGAGUACACAGGGAUCUACAGAGUCCCCGGCAACAACGCCAUGGUGUCCCUGCUGCAGGAUCAGCUAAACAAGGGAGUCGACAUCAACCCUGCAGAGGAGGUCAGAAAACCUAGUCCUGAAAGUAUACACCAUUAGUGAUUUAGAUUGUUGUUGUUCACCUGCUUUUACUGCUCUGUAUGUUUUAAAAUAUCCUCUAAUGACAGUAAAAUUCCUCAAAUCCCUAAAGGGUGGAAUAUUUCACCAACCUUCUCUUCGUUCUUCUGUCUUCAGAAAUGGCAGGACCUAAAUGUUGUGAGCAGUCUGCUUAAAUCCUUCUUCAGAAAACUUCCAGAGCCGCUCUUCACCAACGGUGAGUCCAAACAUGUCCCAACAAGCCCUCACAGACACACAUGCAGCCCAGAAAUCACAGGAAAACAUCUUAACGGGAAAUUAUUUUCAUAUUUCUGAUUCUUCUGCAGAUAAGUACAAUGACUUCAUCGAUGCCAACCGCAUGGAAAACGCCUCUGACAGACUGAAGACCAUGAAGAAACUGGUGUGUGUUUGUGUGAAGUGAAACAUCUGAACUAAAUGAUUCACCUGCUUGGCUUGUGUGUGUAGUCGUCGUAGUAUCAGUAGCAGACAGGCUCGACAGGUUUGUCACUUCUGUUCUGUAUUUCCUCUUUUCUGUCUCUUGUAGAUCCGAGACCUCCCAGAUCAUUACUACCACACUCUGAAGUUCUUGGUCAGUCACCUGAAGACUGUGGCUGACAACUCUGAUAAAAACAAGGUGUGUGAAGGAUCAGAAGAUUAUAAAUGAUCAUUAAAUAUCUUCCUGUGUGGCAUUAAUGUCCUUUUGUUUCUGCAGAUGGAGCCUCGUAACUUGGCUCUGGUGUUCGGACCGACUCUGGUGCGGACGUCUGAGGAUAACAUGAAAGACAUGGUCACACACAUGCCCGACCGUUACAAGAUAGUAGAGACGCUCAUACAACAUGUGAGAGAUCACACACCUUCACACAAACCAUAUAUCACCUUUUUAAAGCUUAAUAUAUUAAUAUCUCUCUUUUUCUUUUAGUGCAUCUGGUUUUUCACUGAAGAGCAAGACAAGGACGAAAAGGUAUGUUCACCAUACUUUUGUUUGCCUCAGUGGAUUAUUACAGUCCAUUCAGGAACAUUACAAACCUUAAUGUAAAAAAAAGACGUCCUCUGAAAUCACAGCAACAUGCAGUAAUGCAGUGCAGUUACACUGACAAACCCUAAACAUGUUAAGCUUGACAGUGUUAAAGUUUCAUUCCUUGGACUCUAGCAAAGCAUUAAACUGAUGAUUAUUAUCACUUAUAAAAUCUAUCAAAGAUAUCUGUACUUUAUGAUUUCAGUAGAUACAUAGAUUUCAAAGCCAAGGGGGAAUUCUCUCUUUGUCUAAUCAUUAGUACCAAAGAUUCCUCAUUCCCUAAUCUGUACAGAGAAAAGCAGGAUACACCAGGUGUUAACAUUUUUACUGCAAAUAUAACUGAAAUGACUAAUUUAUGCUUUAGAUGACAUAAAAUAGAUAAACUAGCAAUUAAAACUGACCCCUCUCUGUGACGCUUCUUUUAUAUUGCUAAUUUAAAGCACACAGUUUGUUAUAUUUAGCAGCAUUUUUGCAACAGACUUGAUAUAAAUGGGAUCUUCCAGUAAUAGUCAUGAGAGCUGUACGUUUAAUUAAGUGAAUAAUCACCAGAAUGUACAAAUCAUUUUGUUUCUGUUAACUCAGAAUGAGCUUUUCAUAUUUUCACAAGGAGCAGGUCUCUUUCCACGUCUUCCAACAUUUUGAACAACCAUGUGUCAGCAGAAACAAAAAGCAGAGCAGGCCAGCCCUUACCAAGAAGAAGUAUGUUUAAGGGUACUUCAAGUAUACUGUGUUCAAACUAAGUAUGCUUGCAGUUUACUAUUGAAAUAAUAGCAUACCAAAAAGGUAACUCUAAGUAUGCAUUACAGUGGGCGCACAGAUGGCCGAGCGGGUCAAGGUGCGCCCCAUGUUGGGGACCGUGGUCCCCACAGCAGUGGUAGUACUGGUACUACAUUUGUAUCAGUGUACAAAGUAAACUAAAAUUAACUUCAGUAUACUUAAUAAAAUCUACUUGAAGUAUUCUUAUUUUUGGUAAGGGAGUAAGGGCUACACUUGCUUUUAUUGUUUUUGGGUGGCCACCAGAAGGGCACCAGUUGGAUGUGGUUAUUGUGGAGUUUGUUUUGAUAGGAGUUUUUUAAUGGUAAAGCUUAUCAAACAGAGGAUCUGACUAAUAUGUGGUCGAUCAAUAUCACUUUUUUCAGUGGCUGGCGGCAGAACUGAAAGUGUUUUUUUCUGCGUUUGACAAAACAAUUUAGAAAAACAGUUUUUGAUUGAAGUAAAAUAUUACCUAAUGGGACUUUUGGAUUUCUGUCCAGCUGUUUGAAAUGAUGAAGAAAGAUAAAAAAAAAUACGAGGUAAAUAUCAAAGUUAAAGUUUCAGAAAAAGACAAUUAUGUAGAAAUCUAUUAUUCCAUGCAUAUUAAAAUCUUGACUUGUAACAUGUAGAUGGAUUCUUAAUGUAGUGAUAAAAACAGAGUGUUUCAAAAUAAUAGGAAGAGACUGUUUAAGAUUUGAUUCACUGUCAUUUCAGACGUAAAAAUGUGUUUUUAAUGUAGAAUAGAUUUUGGUCAUAUCAAUCUUGUGAGGGCUGAUGUUGACAUUAAUCGAAAAGUAAUCAGUCAGUCUGUCUCUACUACUAAUUAUGUAUCACAGAGGCCUCUUGUCCUCCAUGGCCACUAAAUAUUUCCUUUUCUACAUACUGUACCUCUGAGAACCAAAUGUCUAUGCUCCUGAAAACGUCUCUGAUUGUAGGACCAAGAGGUCUGAUCAAUAUUCAGGCAUCAGAGAUAAGAUUAAGAAUAGCUUCGGCUACUAACUAAAAUAAAUUUAUUUAGAUAGAGAGGCGAGGCAGGGUCAGAUGGGGUGAACAGCUCUGUGCGUGUGUACGUGUAUGUAUGCUUUAGUACAUGUGCGUAAGCAGAGCUCCUGCUGUGUUUACAUUCCCAAUAUGUAACGUGGAAAUCACACUUGGACUCCACUAUGAGGUUGUGAUGAUGGUAGAACUGUGAUAUGGACACGCGAUAUGAAAAGAGAUUGUGAUAAGGAGCAAAAAUGUUUGUUUGAAAGCCGUGUAUUUGGCAGUAUGUCAUCAGUACCCUGCACACUUUAAGAGUCAAUGUCUGAAAUCUCUUUUUCAAUAAUUAAUAUUUUCUGUAUUAUUGAACCAUCUGAAAAAGAAACCUGAAAGUUGAGUUUGCUACAGGUGAAGGGUCAUUAUAAAUCUCUAAAUAAAUGUUCCUGGGUGACAGUAAACCUUAUCAUUUUGAUGUAAAUUCACAUGUUGGUCAUUUUGCGUUUGCUAUGUUCAGACACCAGUGGACACAGAGGACGUUCAGCCCGCCCCCAACAUUGACCACCUGCUCUCUAACAUCGGCAGGACCGGUCUGCUCGGUGAGGCCUCAGGUGAGCACAUUUCUAUCAGCCAAUCAUUGCUUGCUUGAACAAAACGACCAGUUGCGUAUACAGAGGUAGCUGUAAUGGGACGCUGCUUUGUGUUUGUUGCUAGAGGUGGGAAAUUCCCUGUAAGUGUCAUAACAAUGAUCUGUUAGUUCCCAUGACCUGAUGAGUGUAUUCAACAAUCCUGCUCCUGAGAAGUCACAUGGCCUGUGUGAUGUGGUGCUUUUUUUUUUUUUUUAAUGUGAAUGAUUACUAACUUAGGUGCUGAAAGACGAAUGUUGGCAUGUCACAUUCCAAAGCCAGAAUUUCCUAUUUUUCGGCAAAACAUGAACGCAGCAUGAGAAGUGUAGUUACAUGGGUUAUCACUUGGAGUGUCUCUGUGUUUGACUGCGUGCCUUUACUUCUCUCCUCUCUGCCUCUGACCUCUUUUUUCCCCCUCCACGUUUGCUCAUCUUUCACUUUCUCUGUACGUCUUUCUGCAUUUCCUUCUCUUAGCUGAGCCUGUGGAGCAGCCGCUGCGGUAGGAUGGGAACUCCCCUGGCAAUAUCUGUGUGUGUGUGUGUGCGUGUGUAACCCAGUCAGUGUAUUGUGUUGUGAAAGUGAAACAGUGUAUAUGUGUGCGGGUGAGCUAGAGAGAGACUGAUAGUGUUGGUGAUGGUUUUUGUCCUCAUGAUCUUCAUCCCUAUCAUGACAGUCAGCAUCUCAGACAGAGUUUCUCCAAGAUCAUGUCACUCUAGUGUCCCCCUGCCCGCCCACCCACCCCUACCACCAGUCUGAGCAAAAGUAUGAAUGGAUGACUGGAUGUCUGUUCAAGCUGCUCUGAAUUUUAAAGUGUAACAAUGGAGAGUAAGCUGAGCCCUGUCACUGAGAUACAACUUCUUAGAUCCUGCAGGCGGCUUCAGUCUGAACAGUUCAAUCAUCAGACUCCUAUAACACACACUCCUAAGUGGGUGGCAUCACUUCUGUUCAGGAACCUUAAUGCCAAGAAGUACUAAGAGCUGCAGCUAAAAUCUGUUAGUAUGGUAUCUGUAGUUUGUAAAGAGAAAAAUAUAAAAGUAUCUUUGUUAGUGUGAGGAGGAAUAGAUGAGUCUAAUUUUGUCCUUGUUUGGCUUAAAAGGCAAAAAUGGUCCUGGUCUUGAGUUUUUUUUUUAAUUGUUUGUUUUUGUCACAAAGCAUAAAAUAUUAAAUGUGUCAUAAGAGGAAAGAAAAAGCACAAAAGUACAGGCUUAAAAUGAGGGUGACCAUAUUCUGAAUCCCCCCAAAAAAGACGCAACAACACAGAGUCGCACAUAGUAACGUUUGAGAGUUUUUCCGGUCGGGUCAAGUGUUUUUUACACGCUUCUAACUCAGUAAGUCCACGCGACACAAACUCAAAACUUGUGUACAAAACCCCAGACAUUUGAAGGAUUUUAUAAUCUCCCCCGGAAAAGGCCGGACCGGCCAGACAGCUCCCCCAAAAGAGGACAUGUCCCGCUAAAAGAGGACAUAUGGUCACUCUAUUAAAAUAGAGGAUGAAAAAUUAGAAGAAGCUUAGGGGUGAUAAAGGGGCUCCCAAAUGAAUUAAUCAGUUAUUGAUGUCUAGUGCUGAGGAGAUUAUCAAGCAUGACUAUUUUAGAGCUGGUCCUCCGUGAUACCCAUAUGAAAUAUAUGUCAUAUAUGAUUAAACAGGAGUCUUUUCCAGCUCUGAUUUAUUUUAAAAGGGUGCUUCUACUCUGUGAAAGCUCAGCAAAAACAUUCAUACAUCACCUAGGUUAAUAAACACUUAAGGCUCCAAUCAUCUGACAGGAAGACCAGAGAAGGUUUAGACUAAGAUGAUCAGUAUUUAUGAUUACUCUUGAUAAUGAAGCAGGACACUCAGUCUUUAUUAUAGUUAUUAUAUUAUUAGUAAGUAGUUCAAUUCCCCUUCUUGAACUGGUGUGUUUGUGUUUGUGAGGGACUUUUUUUUCUGGUUUCACACUCUUUCAGCUUUUGCUUUCAAAUGUUUCUUUCACUAAUUGAUGUCAUCAGUGUGUUUGAUGAUGUCAUCAGCGUGUGCCGUGGUUUCCUCAAGCAGUUUUUUCCCCUUUACACUCCCAACUUCCCUCUUUCCCGAUCAUUGUUUCUCUUUCAUUUGAUUCAUUCACAUGUAAAUCUCUGUGCCAGGGUCUGUCAGUGCCAGAGGGCAUAGAGGAAGAUAAGUUCCUCUUUAAAUGUGAGAACUAUGUUGAGGAAGUGUCACAACCAGGAACAGGGCAGAAAACUGCUGCUGACUACAGAAAAACCUUCAAACAGAGUGGCUUUAGUCGCCUCCUGAUGAGUCACGUCACAGGUGGUGUCUAAUGCUGUAUUCCAGUUUUCUCGGAAGUCAGAUGUUGGAGCUGGGAAUGAUGUUACACCCGAGUUGACGGCAUUCCAGUAAACAAGUCAGAAAACCAAGAUGGACGCCUACUGUUAGCUGUUGUUAGCUUUUGUUUACAGUUGUCAGCUGUCGUAAGCAAUUGUCAGUUGUUGUAAGUUGUAAGCCAUACCAGUUGUAAACAACGCAUAACACGGUAUUUUACUCUUACAAACACCAUAGCACUGAGUUCACAGUAAGACGUUGGGCAGUACUACAUAUAUCACUUAUUUAAAUUCACAAAAACAAAACAGAAGUGCUUGUAAAUAAAACAUUACAAAAGCUUUCACUGUUACUCUUUACUCUUGAUGCACUGCACUGCCAUCUUGGAUUAUGACGUUGUCAUCAAGUUGGCAUUGGUGAGGAUCGUCCGACUUCCCGAGUCAAAAAAUCCAACUUCAGUGGUGCGUUCCAGAUGAAUUUCUGACUCGAAGCUUUGAAAUUCCGACUUCCGAGAACGACUGGAACGCAGCAUUACUCCUCUGUGCAGUAGCAGUUUUUUUGUGAUAAAAUUGCAGAUUUUCCCUUUAAAAAAGUAAACUCAUGAUGUCUUCCUCUGUGUCCUACACCAUGACUGCUCUGAGGUUUCUGUUGGUGAUACUGGAUUUGACUCAGCUGAUGUUUCCCUGUUUUCUCUUGCAGACUCAACCAACAGUGACUCAGCUAAAUCAAAGGUGAUGCCUCCUCACAUGACACAGCGUUACAAACGAAGCUACCAUCGUGUACUUUGAUGUCAUGGUAACCUUUAUUUCCUUUUUCAGGGGUCAUGGGGAUCAAAGAAAGACCUGGGAGCCAAAGACUUCCUUGCUCUGUCCAUUAUGUCAGCCGUCACAGGUCGCAAACGCAGGAAGCGCCACAAUGCUCGCCGCGUGGGCAGCAGCACUGAUGAUGACUCGGAGCAUGAGCCAAUCAAAGCUGGACAUCUAGGGGCGGAGGAGGGAGAGGAGGCGGAGUCACCUGUAGGGGGCGCUGCUCCUCGAGCAGAGGGAGAGGAGGACGACGAGGAUGAAGAAGAAGAGGAAGAGGAAGAAGAAGAGGAAGUUGUAGAAAGUGGAGGAAAAGAGGAGGUAGAGGUGGAGGAGGUGGCGGAGGUUGUUCCUAGCGAGCCAUGUUGCAAAGACGAAGAGGAAAAAGGAGGAAGACAGGCAACCAUGUUGUUGCAGGAGGAGGAAGAGGAGGUGCGGGUGGAGGUGGAGGUAAAGGGGCCGCCCUGGAGAUCUCCAGAGGAUGCUCGCUCCAUUGUGUCUGGUUACUCCACCCUCUCCACCUUAGGGCGGAGUCUUGGGUCUGAGGGGCGGGAGGAGGAUGCUGACGACGAGCACAGCGAGCUGGUGAGUGAGACGGACAACGAGAGCGGGUUUGCGUCACGCUCCCUCACCCAGGAGCGACCUGAGAAACACCCGACUACGCCUGUGCACACACAGCCGUCUGCAGCUCCACGCAGCUUCCUCUACACACACUACAAACCACCUGCUCUGUCCUCAACCAACCUUUUGGCCCCGCCCACAGCCCUCACACACACACCGGACUCUGUGGAGAGGAGUGAAGGAGGGGCAAGGUCCACCACACCCUCAUCCUCCUCCUUCUCCUCCUCCUCCACCUCUCACAAACUGAACUCACGGCCCUCCUUUAAUUCACACAAACUGAUCCAGUGUGACACUCUGGCCAGGAAGAAGCUGAAGUCAGAGAAGGCCAAAGCUCGGUCCCUGGACCUGCUGGAGCUGCCUGGAGCCGCACAGAGUGACAGAUCCGGUUCUAGUUCAGAUGGUGCAGCACGAGGGAGGAGGGAAACUUCCAGAACCAACCCCUCCUCAUGUAGCAGCCAGGAGAGCCUGCGGCCGACUAGACCCAAACCUGCCAUGCCGCCUAGUGAGGCCUCCUCUUUUACCCCCACGGGCCCUGGUGGCAGGUCUCUGGCAGAGCAGGUCCGUGCUCGUCUCCUGGGCUCGGCUGAUGACCUGCGCAGCGUGGGACUGCGUAAGCCGCUGUCACCUGAAACGCGGAGGAAGAGGCGAGCCUGGCGCAGACACACUGUGGUGGCUUCCCCGACUGAGGCGUCUGAUAGGAGACCCUCGCUGGCUGUCAACGAGUUCCCUCUGUCCCCCGCCUCCCAAAACCAGGUCAAAACACCAGGGCUGCCUCUGGGUGCUGACGGGCUCGAGCAUGGGCCAUCUUCACGUCAAGCACCAACCUCCAGAUUUCACCAGUACCUGUGA